AUGGAACUAACACAUACUGUUCCAAGGUCCAAAAUUUAUUUCCCAAAUUUAAGGACAUCAACUAGAACCCAGAUCAUUUCAUCUUCUUGCAACCAUUUCUCACCUCCCCAAAUUUCACUAUCUUCUUCCUCUCCCAACCCAGCCACACCUAAAGCCCAUCCAAAUUCCCUCAACAGAACCACCACCACCACCAACCCACAUGAGCAGAGUGGUACUGACAUUGAAUCCACCACACCCACCAUGUCUGAAAUCAUGGACUCAUCAAAAGCUCAAAACCUUCACCUUCAGCUCCAAACACUAGGACCCUUUUUCAGAAUCAUAGCCAAAAGCUUGGAAACCCAGAGAGAGCUUGGCAGGGCUGAGGGACUGAUAAGGGUUUGGUUAGGGGGGAAGAUUCUUCACUUGGACUCUAUCAGAUUGAGGAGAGAGACAUUGGGGAUGGAGAAAUCGAUCUUUGGCAUUGGUGUUUUCAUUGGAGCCGUGGCUAUACGACAUGGAUAUGAUUGUGGUUGUAGGACAGCUGAGUUACUCGCCAUCAAUGACGCUAAUCUUUACCAUUCCAAGAUCCAUUUUGUCACUUCCAAUGCGAUGGAGAUGUAUCUUGCCCUAAUACGUUCUUUUGUUUCUCAGCUUGUCAGGUUUUACACAAGAAUUGGGUUCAAGGUUGUGCAUGAGGUAACUGGUUCCUCAGUUGGAGACCUUGCCCACAUGUUAGUCUGGGGAGGUAUCGGGACUCGAAUGGAUGCUGAUGUCGAAGAGCUUCUAGUAAAAUGGUGUCGCAGGUUUAAAUCUCGGAGUUGA